GUCAAAAAAGAACAGGGCAACGGGCCAAAUCGGCUGCAAGUCGGAGUUCUCCCGUUUCUCUCGAUUGCCAAACCGCGUCUGUUUGAGGAGCUUUGUGUCAUGUCAAAAGUGAAAGUUUAGAGGUUCAGUAUUUAGUCUCGUGUGAGCAGCAGAGAGAGUCAGAGAGGAGUGAACUCAGACUGUGAAGACACACAGAGCUCGGGUGAUCAAUAACUCUCUCUGAAUGGGAAAUAAUCUCCUUUAAUAAUCCAUAACCAACUACGGGCAAAUCUUCAAAAUCAACCAUGAAUGCUGUAAAUGCUGUGCAGCUGUUCAUUCUGGUUUGGACCUUUACUGCUGUCUGUCAAGCUGAUGAUGAUGUCAUAGUAAGCUGUGAUGAUGUGACUGGAUCUGUGGGGAAAGAAGUAACUCUCACCUGCAGUGUCUCUCUGCAGAUCACUGAAUGCUGCAUUAUAAAGUAUAAGUUUCAAUACCCUGAGAUCUUUAAUGACUCUACAGUCUGUCAUCAAGAUUUUCCUGUGAACUCCUGUGAACAGAGAAGUUUCACAUGCCACUACACUCCAACUACAGCGAUGACAGAACAAUUCAGAUUCUUCAUGCAAACAAAGUGUGGAGUGAAAAGAAGAGGAUUUGCUGUGAACAUAACAGAACCCAUGAAAGGUGAAAUUGACACUGAAGCUCCUGGAAAGAAAGAAGAACCUGUUGUGGACAUAUCAGAAACAUCUGAACAGAAGAAACCGGAAGAUCGUGGAUUUAAGAUCGCUGUCAUCGCUGCUGUUAUAAGCUGUUUUAUCAUCGUCAUAAUGCCCAUUAUUUACAGAUUGACACAAAAACACACCAACCGGAACAGGACUCUUCUGAGUGUCAGAUAUGAAGAAGACGAUUGA